GCUCAUUAAUGGCGGUUCUGUGGGGCUGUUUAUUUAUUGUUGUUGUUGGUUUUCCAUUUGGGUGUAAUUGUGAGGUUCUGAAGAAGUGUAAAUUUGAUGCCAUAUAUCAGUUCGGGGACUCUUUGGCAGACACUGGAAAUCUGAUAAGGGAGAAUCCUCAAACUCCUUUCUCUCGUCUCCCUUAUGGCCAGACCUUCUUCAACAGGCCCACUGGGCGUUGUUCUAAUGGCUUGCUCAUGCUUGAUUAUUUUUCUUUGGCAGCUGGGCUCCCUUUGGCCAAUCCCUACUUGAAGAAAAAUGCAUCUUUCACACAUGGAGUGAAUUUUGCGGUGGCUGGCUCUACCGCUUUGUCUUUCAGAGAUCUAGCUCAAAUGAACAUCUCAUCUCCGGUUACCAACUCAUCUCUGGGUAAACAACUUGAUUGGAUGCAUACACAUCUCAAUACUAUUUGUUGUAAUAAAAGAGAUUGUGCUAAGAAGUUAAAGAAUGCAUUAUUUUUUGUUGGCGAGAUUGGAGGGAAUGAUUAUAAUUUUGCUCUAUUUGAGGGCAAAACUAUCGCGGAAGUGAAAAAUAUGGUGCCUCAAGUUAUCAGGAUGAUAAAAUAUGCUACUAGAAGGGUCAUCAAGUAUGGUGCUACUCGAGUUGUUAUUCCGGGACACUUUUCACUGGGUUGCUUACCAAUCUAUCUCACCGGCUUUCAAACCAAUGAUUCAACCGCUUACGACGAGUUUCACUGUUUGAAGAAUUUAAAUAACUUAUCAAGUUAUCACAAUAGAAAAUUGAAGCAAGCAAUCAAGCUAUUGAGAAAAGAGAAUCCUAAUGUGAUAAUUACCUACGGUGAUUAUUAUAAUGCGCUAUUUUGGAUUUUCCAACAUGCUUCUUUACUUGGAUUUGAUAAAAUAUCGCUGCAAAAGUCUUGUUGUGGAGCUGGAGGUGAUUAUAACUUCAACAUCAUGCAAAUGUGUGGAUUUCCAGGAGUACCAACUUGUUCUAAUCCUAAUAAACGCAUUAGUUGGGAUGGAAUUCAUCUGACUCAAAAGACUUAUCAAUAUAUGGCCCAUCGACUCGUCCAUGAUCUAUUCCCAAAAUUUCAUUGCACAAAUUAAAUUAGGUAGGUGUAGCUUAUUAGUCUUAGUAAUAUCUUUUUCCGUUUAUUUUUGUUUUAGUUAAGAAGGUUUGUAAUUUUCAUGAAGAUAAAGAUUGGAUAUACUCAAAUCUAAUCAAUAUCAUGUAUAUUUUUCGUUACACAUGCA